AUUAGGGCACAGUCAAAACUCAUCCCCCAAGUUACUGCAAUGGCUUUUAGGGUUUAGAUGUUAAAAUUUGGUAGUUAGGGCACCGUCAAAAGUGAUUGCCAGUACAAUGUGGGGAUUGGGGAAAGGAAAUUGCGGUCAAAUUGGGGUGUCGUUGUGAUAACUGAGGAGCUUUUUGAGAGAUAUAACUUUGCUUUUGGAAAGCAGACAAGCACUGGUCCUUGCUGCUUCUUCUGCUUCCUCCAUACUUGUGUUUGCUCCAUGUUCGUCCCCUUUAUCUCUUCCUUCAAGCCCAGUGUUCGUUAAGGAAUAUGAAUAUCCGCUGUUCAAUCUUCUUGUACUGAGUCGUGAUAUUCCUCUGUAAGUCGCCUAUCAAUUCUGCAUUCAUCCACUUAGGAUAAAAAUUGAGCAGAUGACGCGAAUUAGCCCAGAAUAUGGAGAUGUGGCACAGCCCGCAUGGGUGUUGUCAUCUGAUGUGAGCUUUCCCUCUAACCAGUUUCCCAAGUAUAGAUUGGGACCUGAUAAUCAAAUUUGGGACGAGAUCAUAGAGGACAGCAAGGGUCCUCCCCUGAAGGAGGUUGUUGUGGAGGAAAUAAACCAUCUUUCCGAACAACACAAGCGCCUAUCAGUUCGUGACCUUGCUAGUAAAUUUGACAAGAAUUUGGCUGCUGCAGCGAAGUUAUCUGAGGAGGCUAAGUUAAGAGAAGUGGCUUCUUUAGACGGACACGUGCUUCUGAAAAAGCUUAGAGAUGCAUUGGAAUGUCUGAAAGGAAGAUUGUCGGGUCGAAACAAGGAAGAUGUGGAGAAAGCUAUCUCAAUGGUAGAGGCUCUGGCCGUAAAAUUAACUCAGAAGGAAGGAGAGUUAAUUCAGGAGAAGUUUGAAGUGAAAAAGCUAGUGAAUUUUCUCAAGCAGGCUUCUGAAGAUGCUAAAAAACUGGUCAACCAAGAGAAGUCGUUUGCUUGUGCUGAAAUAGAGAGCGCGAGAGCAGUUGUGCAGAGGAUUGGAGAAGCUCUCGACGAACAAGAAAGAAACAACAGCUCAGCGAAGCAGCAGGAACUUGAGGAAUUAAUUGAAGAGGUCCAAGAGGCAAGAAGAAUAAGAUUGAAGCAUGAUCCCACAAAGGUCAUGGACAUGGAGCACGAACUUCGGGAACUUAGGCUUCAGAUUAGGGAGAAAUGCACGAUUUCGAUUAAUCUGCAGCACGAGCUGGCAAUGAGCAAAAAAGCAGAGGAAAAUGCGCACUGUGUAUAUGCGCUGAAUGGUUCCGAGACGUUAGGUUUGAGUUUGAGAAUCCAACCCUGCUCGGAAGAAGCUGUAGAACUCGCCAAAUGCUCGAUCCAGUGGUACCGUUUGUUGUCUCAAUGCAGCAGAAGGGAGCCUAUCUUAGGUGCUACCAAAUCAGUUUACGCGCCUGAGCCAAUUGAUGUAGGACGAGUUCUUGAAGUCGAUAUAGUGGCAAAUGGCCAAAAGUUCUCGCUUACUACUAAUGGCCCAAUUCAACAAGCUAUUGACUUGGACAGCUACUUAGAGAGCCUUUUUCGGAAACCCAACCAUGACUUCAGCGUAGUUAUCUCCCAAAUGAAUGGUAGAAACUAUUCGUCACAUUCGACACACGUGUUUCAUAUUGGUAAAUCGAGGAUUAAACUUAGCAGGGGAUGGAUCACGAAGGCCAGAGAAUCUUACUCCCGUUCUAUGCAGCUGUUUGGAUUUAGAGGAGGCGGCAACUCUGCAGGUAAAUCGCUUGUUUGGCUAGCCCGAAAAGGACAGUCUUUCGUGCUGGUGUUUGAAUCUGAGCGAGAAAGAAACAGUGCCCUUCUUCUUGCUCGGAAAUAUGCUUCGGACUGCAAUGUCUUGCUUGCUGGUCCAGAUGACGAUGCGUUGCUGUAGCUGUAAAGACCGAACGGAUUUCGACUAACUUGAGCUCUGAGGCAUUAUGAGGUGAGUGAUGUUUGGGUGCUUCAUUUGUGUGUGUCUUAAUUUGAGCUUUGGUAGGCAUCGUUUUUAGUUUGCCUUCAUCUUGAUCUGUUGUAAUAACCUUAUCUUAUCUUACCUUACCCUAACUUCUGCUAAUCUCAUUCCAUUCUAUGCUGCUGAUUUGAUUUGAUUUGA